CAGUGAGCUCACUCGUAUGGUACUGGUGAACGCCGUUUAUUUCAAGGGUAACUGGAGCAGGCAAUUUACUAAAAGAGCUACAAGACCUGAACUUUUCUACCCAGUAUCACAACCAGCAAAAAAUGUGGACACCAUGUUCAUCAUGGACAGAUUCAAUUAUGCACUCAUAGGAGAACUGGAUUGCCAGGCCCUACUUCUUCCCUACAAGGGUCGUAGAAUAAGUAUGCUGAUACUUCUACCCCGAGAAUUAAACGGUCUACCGAAUGCUGAGAACAAACUUGCGAAUGUAACUCUUCAACAAAUUAUGUCCAGAAUGCACUGGCCUGAGGUGAUUGUACACUUACCUAAGUUCAAAAUGGAGUACGAGAUGGAACUUACAGGAACACUAAGGAAACUCGGCAUGACUUCAAUGUUCAGUGAUUACGCCGCAAACUUUUCUGGAAUCACUGAAGAGAAACUUAAAGUGAACCAAGUACUGCACAAAGCUUUCAUCGAGGUUAACGAAGAAGGCACAGAGGCUGCUGCUGCUACUGCUGUUAUCGGUGGCGCAGUAGCAACGUCCUUACACAACACGCCUCCACCACCAAUCAUCUUUAGGGCGGACCAUCCAUUCCUCUUCUAUAUUCUGGAUCAAAAGACGAAGGUGGUGCUCUUCGCGGGACGUGUCUCCGAUCCUUAACUUCAAGAAGGCCCUUAUGGGUCAGCAAAAAGAGUUUGUGUACUGAUGUCACCUCGGUCAUCUCUGAUUCAACGAUAUGCCAUAACAAUUGUACUUAUAAAUACGAUGUUUUACAUUAUUAGAAAUUAUAUAUUCUUGAAUUGUAUCCCAGAAAAUUUCUCUGUAAUAUUUUCUCAAUCUUAAAUAA